AUGUCAGUGGAAUAUAACUUGGGUGUUGAGAACUUCAUUGAAAAUGGACUACGACAUUCAAAAGGGUCAAACUGUAUAUGGUGUCCUUGCUUGAACUGUGCAAAUGCAGUUCUACAAGAGUUGAACAUAGUUAGAGAACACUUAUCUAUUUAUGGUAUUGAUAAGAGUUAUAAGAUAUGGAUUUGGCAUGGUGAGCAACUACCUAUGAAGGAUAAGGAUGAAAGUGGUACUACUAAGGGAAAAGAAGAUUAUGAUGAUGAUGGCAUAAAGAAUACAACUAAUAUGUUUAAAGCUGCACAAGACUAUUUUUCAAAUAAGUCUGAAAACUUUGAACAAGUGUUGAUUGAUGCACAGAAACCAUUGUACUCAAGCAAUAAAAAUUUCACUAAAGUCUUUGCAUUGCUAAAAUUAUAUAACUUGAAGGCUAAAUAUGGAUGRAGUGAUAAAAGUUUCACUGAAUUGUUAACUCUAGUACAUGAUAUCCUACCACAACCGAAUGAAAUCUCAAUUUCUAUGUAUAAAGCUAAAAAGACAUUGCCUACUCUUGGAAUGAAGUUUGAGAACAUUCAUGCUUGUGUCAAUGAUUGUUGUCUGUUUAGGAAAGACCUUUCUGAUGUAGAUGCAUGUCCAAUUUGCAAAACAUCGAGAUGGAAGCUUCUUAAGAACUCCAAAGAAGAGAAAAAAGGUGUUUCGGCCAAGGUCAUGUGGUACUUUUCUCCGAUUCCUCGAUUCCAAAGAAUGUUUCGAACUGCUAAAAUAUCUAAAUUGUUAAAUUGGCAUGCUAGAGGUGGAGAAAAUGAUGGGCUUUUAAGACACCCUGUGGAUUCUCCUUCUUAG